UAUUUAUUUUAUCACUUUGCAGACAAAGAGGAAGACAUUAUUGACGAUAACAGCCCUAUUGAGCAAGUCAGAUUGACAGUACCAACAACAGAUGAUCCCAGCCUACCAGCACUAACAUUUAGGACAUGGAUUUUAGGGAUGACUUCAUGUGCACUUCUUGCAUUUCUGAAUCAGUUCUUCGGCUACAGACAGAAUCCUCUCUACAUCUCUUCUGUAUCAGCUCAGAUUGCAGUUCUUCCAUUAGGGAAAUUAAUGGCUGCUUAUCUCCCCACAAAGCCAAUCAGGCUUCCAUGGCUUGGCUGGUCCUUCACACUAAACCCAGGACCUUUCAAUCUCAAGGAACAUGUUCUGAUCACCAUCUUUGCAAAUUCUGGAUCCAACUCUGUUUAUGCUGUGAAUAUUGUCACCAUUGUCAAGGCUUUCUACCAUAGAAAGCUUCAUCCUCUUGGAGCUAUGCUUUUGACUCAAACCACACAGAUGAUGGGGUAUGGCUGGGCAGGCAUCUUCAGAAAGUUUUUGGUGGAUUCACCUCAUAUGUGGUGGCCAUCCAAUUUGGUUCAGGUCUCCUUAUUUAGGGCACUACAUGAAGAUGAGAAGAGACCGAAGAGAGGCCUGACCAGGCUACAGUUCUUCCUCACAGUCUUCAUCACAAGCUUUUCAUACUACAUAGUCCCCAACUAUUUCUUCCCUUCCAUCACAGCCCUCUCUUUCAUCUGCUGGAUCUGGAAGAGCUCCGUCACAAUGCAGCAAGUAGGCUCAGGCCUUUAUGGUCUUGGCGUCGGCUCCUUUGCCGUCGAUUGGUCCACCAUUGCUGGUUUCCUCGGCAGCCCUUUAGCAACGCCAGGCUUUGCCAUCAUCAACGUCUUGUUCGGUUUCUGCGUUGUGCUUUAUGUUAUCAUACCAAUAGCUUACUGGAACAAUGCAUACCAUGCAAAGAACUUUCCAAUAUUUUCUUCCAAUGUGUUCAUGAGCAAUGGAACCCUGUAUGAUGUGAACAAGAUCUUGGAUAAAUCAACAUUCAGUUUUGAUCAGGAGAAGUAUAAUGAGGCUGGACCACUAAAUCUCAGCAUCUUCUUUGUUAUUACUUAUGGACUCAGCUUUGCUACUCUUGCUGCCACACUUUCUCAUGUUUCCUUGUUUCAUGGAAGAGAAAUAUGGGAUCAGACAAAGGCAGCAAUGCAAGAUAAAUUUGGAGAUGUGCAUACAAGGCUGAUGAAGAAGAACUAUGAAGCUGUGCCUCAAUGGUGGUUCUACAGCAUUCUGUUCAUGAUGGUUGGUCUUGCCAUUUUUGCUUGUGAAGGAUUUGGAAAGCAGCUACAGCUUCCUUACUGGGGAGUUCUGCUUGCUGCAGGCCUGGCUCUUGUUUUUACCCUUCCAAUCGGAGUCAUUACAGCCACAACAAAUCAACAACCAGGGCUUAAUGUUCUCACAGAACUUAUAAUUGGAUACAUAUACCCUGGAAGGCCACUUGCUAACGUUGCUUUCAAGACAUAUGGCUAUAUUAGCAUGACUCAAGCAAUCACCUUCCUUGCAGAUUUCAAGCUAGGCCAUUACAUGAAGAUUCCACCAAAGUCCAUGUUUUUGGUUCAGCUGGUAGGCACCAUCGUGGCCUCCUCCGUCUACUUCGGCACCGCCUGGUGGCUUCUUGAAACAAUCGAAAACAUCUGCGACCCAUCAAAGCUCCCCGAAGGCAGCCCCUGGACUUGCCCCGGCGAUACCGUCUUCUUCAACGCUUCCAUCAUCUGGGGCGUCGUCGCUCCUCGCCGCAUGUUCGGCAAUCUCGGCCUCUACACCAAAAUGAACUACUUCUUCCUCAUCGGCAUCAUUGCCCCCUUCCCCAUCUGGCUCCUCUACCGCUUAUACCCCAACAAGAAAUGGCUCAGACUCAUCAACAUGCCCAUCAUCCUCGGCGCCACAAGCGCAAUGCCGCCGGCCAGGGCGGUUAAUUACAUCAUGUGGGGGACGGUGGGAAUCUUCUUUAGCUUUGUGGUUUACAGGAGGUAUAAAGGGUGGUGGGCGAGGCAUAACUAUGUUUUAUCGGCGGGAUUGGAUGCUGGAGUGGCGUUCAUGGCGACUCUGACUUAUUUUUCUCUGCAAAUUAAGAAUAUUGAUGGGGUGAAUUGGUGGGGGUUGCCGUUGAACGAUCAUUGCCCUUUGGCGAGUUGUCCGACCGCUCCGGGGGUGAAGGUUCCGAACUGUCCUGUGCAUUAGGAUUAAGGCAUUUCGUCGAACAGUUGGCGGGCGAGUAUACAGGAAUGUGUUUACACCAGUUCAUUGUGUUUUAUUUUUGUUGCUCUUGUAUUUAGAAUAUAUUGACACACUCGAAUGC